AUGGCGUGUUCAACUUGGAAGUAUCAAGUCUUCUUUUUGUUCUGUUUGAUCUUGCAUUCUCAACUUCCCUUUCCAUCGUCUCUUUCUUCUUCCUUGUCUUCAAUGCAACCUUGCUCUGCUCUACUCCAUUUUAAUAGGUCUAUUUCUCUUAAAAAAUCUGUUUCUGCCUCACUUUCUUCUUAUCCUAAAACAACCAGUUGGCAUGAGGAUAAGCACUGUUGCACUUGGGAUGGGGUCGAGUGUGACAAAAACACAAGCCUUGUGGUUGGCCUGGACCUUAGUUCCAGCUGGCUUUAUGGCAACUUUCUUUCUAACAGUACCCUGUUUUUUCUUCCCAAUCUCAGGAGGUUGAACCUCGCUGACAAUAGCUUCAAUCACUCCCUAUUUCCUUCUGAGUUUGGCAACUUUAAGAGUUUGACUCAUCUCAACCUUUCUUAUUCCGCAUUUUCUGGCCAAAUCCCGUUUGAAAUCUCUCAGUUGUCUUCACUGGUUUCACUUGAUCUUUCUAAGAAUCGCCUGUUAAUCGAAGCUCCAGUAUGGAAAAGAGUCAUUGGUAACCUAACUCAGUUAAGGGAACUUCUUCUGGAUUCCACAAAUAUGUCCUCAAUUAGACCUAAUUCUUUGAUGAAUCUAUCCUCCUCUUUGACAACUCUUAGUCUCCGCUACUGUGACUUACAGGGAAAACUCGAAAAUAACAUCCUUUGCCUUCCCAGUAUACAAACCCUUGAUCUAACAGGUAACUUGAACCUUGAAGGUUCUCUUUUAAAGUCUAAUUGGAGCUGUAUUUCCCUGAAUUUCUUAGCUCUCUCUGGGAGAAUGUUUUCAAGAGAAUUCCUUAAUUCCAUUGGCAAUUUGAAGUCCUUACAGCAUUUGGCCCUCCCUUAUUGCAAUAUUAUGGGGUCAAUUCCAACAUGGUUUGGGAACCUUACAAAACUUACUUAUUUGGAUCUAUCAUCUAAUAGUUUUAGCGGUUUGUUGCCAUCAUCACUAUUCAACUUGACGAAUCUCUCAACUUUAGACCUUUGGAAGAAUCAACUUGUUGGUCCCCGUCCUAGUCACAUAAGUGGUUUGAAUCUAGUUGAUCUCCAUUUAAGUUUAAAUUUCCUAAAUGUAACACUGCCAUCUUGGUUGUUUAGUAUGCCAUCUUUGGAGACUUUGUCUCUUAAUGAUAACCAAUUUGUUGGUGAGAUUGGUGAAUUCAAGUACAAUUCAUUGAAGUAUCUUGAUUUGGGUUAUAAUAAGCUACAUGGCUUUAUACCUAGGUCAGUAUCUAGACUUGUGAACCUUACUAAGCUAUCUCUCCCAUCAAAUAACUUGAGUAUUAUAUUGGGAUCUGAAAUGUUUUCAAAGCUCAAAAAUCUUGAGACUCUUGAUUUGUCAAAUAACUCAGUUAGCAUCAAUAAUAAUGCUGCCUAUUCCCUGCCCAAUCUUCAAAAUUUGUUCUUGUCUUACUCCAAUAUCAGUGAAUUCCCAAUUUUCUUAGGACUGACAACAAAUUUACAAUUCUUAGACCUUUCCAAUAACCAAAUUUAUGGUCGGGUUCCAAGAUGGUUGGGGGAUGUGGGGAAUAAUUCAUUACAUCAUGUUGAUCUUCGUAACAACUUGCUACAAGGACCAGUUCCCAUUCUAAAUUCUUCCAAUCUGCAAUUUAUCUUUUUCUCCAAUAACAGUAUAACGGGAGAAAUCCCUUCUUUAAUUUGCAAUGCAAUUAGCCUUCAAGUUUUAGACUUGUCUCAUAACAACUUAAGUGGCAUGAUUCCUAAGUGUUUGGUAAGCUCUACUACCCUCUCGGUGUUGGAUUUGCGAAGGAAUAGCAUUCAUGGUAACAUCCCUGCAAUAUUUUCCAAAGGAAAUCAUUUUAGGAAUAUUAACCUUAAUGGCAAUCAAUUGGAAGGGCCAUUGCCACAGUCUUUGGUCAAUUGUACAAACUUGGAAAUUCUAGAUCUUGGAAACAAUAAGAUAAAUGGAGUCUUCCCUUAUUGGUUAGGAAGUCUUCAAAAAUUGCAAGUUCUUGUCAUAAAUCAAACAGAUUUCAAGGUCAUAUAG